CUAUUGGGUGCGUGGCCGGGCGCGUCCGUCAACUAAAAUUGUGGACGAACCUUCAGCUCCUCCAUUACCUACUACUCAUACUCAUACUCAUACUCAUACUCACUCACUCACUUGUAUUACAGUACCGAAGCUAAAGUCACAGCUUAGAGACCCUUUGAGCCACCUAUACUCCUCCUACUGCGAACUACAAACGCCUCAUAUCUUUGUCCAUUCAACGGCUUACCUAGGUAUGGCCGACGUUCGUUCUUUGCUGCGCCAGGAGCGAGCAUCUCGACAGCAAGCUACCCGUCCACAAAGACAAUCCGCGGCACCCGCAUCCGCACCUAUAUCGAGGAAAAGAAAGGCUGUCGGAGAUACCGCCGAAGAAAGGAAGAGAACCAGGACAGAGGCGGCCGCAGGCGUUCCCGCAGGUUUCUUCGACUCAGGUGUCGCCGCCGAUGACAAUAUAAGCACGGAGGUGGCGCCUGAGGUCCCAACAUCAACAAGCGCACAAGAAGAUGUCCCGUCUUCGGAGACUAUCGCAAACGAUGCGAGCAAUCAGCCGUUCCAAACUACGGUGCCAGCUCAUCCACCUGUCAGCGCCCCCGAUGAGGACCUGGACGCAUUCUUGGAGGAGAUGGAACAAACGCCUGCGCCCGCGCCACAUGUCAAACCCUCCACAUUCGGCGCUGCAGUCAUCGAGGCAGCGCCCAUGACUGCUGCUGAAAUCGCCGCUCAAGCACGGGAAGAACAAAGCGCGCAACGAGAAAAGAGGGAGGAGGAGGUCGAGGCAGAAAAGGAAGACGCGGACCGAGCUUUGCAGGACGAGUUUGAGGAAAUGGAAGGUCUGGAAGAAAGAGUCCGGACAUUGAGGGAGAAGAGAGAAGCCCUUCGCAAGCUAGCCAAAGCAGAGGAAGUUAUGGUGGUGGAGUCGAAUCAAGCAUCCCAGGACGACGAUGAAAGUGCAUCAGAGGACGAAGACGAUUGGGACGAUUGGAGGUUUCGCGCAGCGUAAAUCGCAAUACUCAAAAAGUCUAGCAGGAGCAUCGAGCUGUAUAUAAUACUAGUACCAAUAUCCCUUGAGGAUGAUUGGCAAUGAUACCCUUCUCGUUAUGUAUUCUAGAGGUUCCUGGUUUCCCACUAUUGCGAUUAAGUCUAACAUGGACAAUUCCCCAAUUGACUCUUUGAA